GUCCCCUAACUCUGUAGAGGAGCUGAACAUUGGUCGGUAAAAUUGAAACUUAGCCUACAUGAUACGCCUGUCACCUAGGAAAUUGGAGGCGUAAGGCUGACACGAGAUAUAGGUAUAUCCUUCCAUAUCUAACUCGCCCCUGUAACCACACUCAAACCUUUACAUAGCACCAACGAAGGUCCAAGGAAGAAAAAAACGCUACCAGAUAAAAUGCGCCUCUUGGAAGCUCGUACCGCUAAAGAGACUGGAAUUCUAAAGCUUGUAGAGAAGAGAGCGAAUGAGCUUCUCAGGUACGCUAUACUAUCGCAUACCUGGGAAGAUGAUGAAAUAACUUUCAACGAUAUUGAAAACGACAAGGCAACUUUUACCUCAGCCAAGACAGCUGCAGCCCACGCAUCACUAUCCAAAAUUCUAGGCGCGUGUACCCAAGCUGCUGAUGAUGGCUACGAUUAUAUCUGGAUCGAUUCGUGCUGCAUCGAUAAACGCAGUAGUUCUGAGUUAUCCGAGGCCAUCAAUUCCAUGUUCGCUUGGUAUCACGAUGCCGAUGUCUGCUAUGCCUUCCUGCUCAAAGCACCGAAUGAACUCGUUACGACGGAAGCGAAGGCUGAAUUUGCCACGAACAGGUGGUUCACUCGUGGCUGGACGCUGCAAGAGCUUCUCGCACCAAAGGAUAUGAUAUUCUUCUCCGGCGAUUGGGUCCCGAUUGGUGAAAAGAAGUUUCUAUGCUUGCUACUUGCCGAAAUCACGGGAGUCGAUUUCAAGAUAUUGCUGGGUGACGAACCUCUAGACUCAGCGAGUAUUGCGAGACGAAUGUCAUGGGCUGCGCAAAGGGUGACUACGCGACCGGAGGACAAAGCCUAUUGUCUGAUGGGUAUCUUCUCUGUUAACAUGCCCAUGCUAUACGGGGAGGGCGGCGAGAAGGCAUUUCUACGGCUUCAGGAGGAAAUCAUGAAGCAAUCGGACGACAACUCGUUGUUCGCCUGGGUCAACCCUAACUCACCACCACAUGCGAGGGAGGGCCUCCUAGCAGCAGAUCCAUCGUACUUCUUAAACUCAAAUAGUAUAAUUCCGUAUCAGGAUUGGGAACCUCGUGAGCCCUACACCUUAACUAACCGCGGCCUUAAAAUUAGUCUUCAUCUCACGGCACUCGAUGACUAUAAAUAUGUAGCAGCCCUCGACUGUCCCGUGCCGCCUGACUAUAAGGACUCGACCUUCUUGGCGAUAUAUCUACAGAAGCUGUCAAAAUACAAUGACCAGUACGCACGUAUUCAGGCAGGACAGCUCGCUAGCGUCCGUACACGUGGACACCUCCUAACUGUCUACGUCCCUCAGAAGCCUAAGCCACCAUCAUUAGAGGGCGCCUUUCUUCAUCACUUAGUCCAGUUAAGGGAAGGUCCCCCUCCAACGAUCUAUCAGCUUGUAUGCCUCCUGAGUCCACGUUUAAGAAAUAACAUCCCCGGGCCAAUGUCAGCAAGGAGUUCAGCCAGGAAAUGGGUCACGGACAAGUGGUCCCUCAUCUAUACUCUAUACCGGAAGCCGGAACAGCUUUCCGCGGCUCUGAUAUUCGAGCGUACAGACGGCGCGAAGAUAGCUGUGUUGAUUGGCACGCUCAACGGGUUCGACGUUGCCUUUAGCGCAUGUGAACUCGACGCCGGGCUCGACUUAGAUCGCGUACAGUUCGAAGAGCUGGAAGCUAUUUUCAAGCCUACUACAGUAGGAAGAUUUGAGCUGUCGUCCCAUAGUGUCCGCGUGUCCGCCACGCCCGUGCUACAAUCGUCAGACAAAUAUUAUAUGGUUGAUAUCGGAAUCGAAGCUAUAAAUUUUACAUGGACAGAUAUGGUGAGAGAAGCAUUUGAUGCUGCUACUGGUUUAGGCCACGGUAAUAAUGCAAGCACACCAGUACCUAAAAAAGAUGUCGCAGAGAAAUCAAAGAAAAAUAAUAACCAACUGUCGUUUUUGAAGCAUUUCAAACAUUAAAAUAACCUUUCCUACGUUUUACGCUCUUAUAUCGACUGCCGUGAGCUUUGAAGUCUCUGGUCUAAACUCGAUGAGCCUUUUUGAACGCGCUAUACCUUUCUCUACGAAGAAAGAGUACCAACUAUACCAGUAUCUAUCAGAAUACAAUAGGGCUAUCUCGUAAGGUAGCCGCCAGAUACUAGGUCAAUACAAGGAGGCUAUGCCCCCCUAUUCCUGAAAGGG